AUGGUACCUGUGAACCUCACAGUAUCUCUCCGUCAAACACAAUCAGUAAUCAGGGAGGCACAAAAUUUGAACAUGGAAUCGCCGGUGCAUUAUACGGACAACAUCCCGCCGGAGGACGAAGAGAAUCAAGAAAUUAGUAGCAUAGCGGACUCGGUGAGGGCUGUGGAGAAGCUGUUGAAUUACAAUUUCACGGACAAGAAGCUUUUGGAGGAGGCCUUGACUCACUCCUCCUACACCGGGUCAGCUUCCUAUCAGCGGCUCGAAUUCGUCGGAGAUGCAGCUCUCGGCUUAGCCAUCACGAAUUACGUGUUUUUGGCAUACCCGGACGCCGACCAGGGCCAGCUAUCCCUCGUGCGCGCCGCCUCUAUUAGUACCGAGAAGCUCGCCCGAGUAGCCAUCCGACACGGAAGUACCGAGAAGCUCGCCCGAGUAGCCAUCCGCCACGGCCUGUACAAAUAUGUACGUCACAAUGCUACCGCCCUUGAUGAGAAGGUAAUGGAAUUUGCAAUAUCAAUACAAGAAGAGGAUGAUGCAGAGGUGCAUGGAGGAUUAAUUAAAGCACCAAAAGUUCUCGCAGACAUUGUGGAGUCCGUGGCAGCUGCAGUAUACAUUGACUGUAACUUCAAUCUGAAGGAUAUGUGGAUGGUCAUCAGAGACCUCUUGGAGCCUAUUGUCACGCUUGGUAUGCUUGAACAACAACCGCAACCAGUGACAAUGCUUUUUGAGUUGUGCCAAAAGGAUGGAAAGCAAGUUGACAUAAGACAUUGGAGAAAAGGAGAGAGAAAUAUUGCAAGCGUCUAUGUUGAUGGACAUUUUGUUGCUUCAGCUUCUGCCGAGCAAAAAGAAAAUGCAAGGCUUCAUGCAGCAAAGGCUUCUUUGCAGAAGUUGUCGUACACAUCCAGUGACAUGAUGAGGCCCGACAUCUUCAGUGAACUCAAUGGGGAAAUGGAGAUUGAAGGAGCAAAACAAAAACUCCAUGAAUUGUGUGGCAAGAAAAAAUGGCCACGACCAGAUUACAAAGUGGAUAGAGAGGUUGGUCGUUCUCAUGAGAAGAAAUAUGUAUGCUCCGUUCAAAUCGAAAUAAAUGAAAGUGUACUAUUAUCAACGGGAAAUGAAAAGACAAGGAUAAGAGAUGCCGAGAACUCUGCAGCUUCUGCAAUGCUUCGUGGUCUACGAGAAUCCAAGUAUGUAUGA